AUGCCCGGCGCAAGCGUUGCGGUUCUUCCCACGUCCGCUUCAUCCACACCGGCCUCUCGCAAGGCCUCACUCGCACCGGAACGCAAAUACAAAUGCCAGUUUUGCAACAGAGCCUUUAGCAGAAGUGAGCAUCGUAGUAGACAUGAGCGCUCUCAUACGAAAGAGCGCCCAUUCAAGUGCAUGAAGUGCCGGAGUACCUUCGUCCGUCGCGAUCUUCUCCUUCGACAUGACCGAACGGUGCAUGCCAAGGAUGGAGGCGUCCCUUUGCACAGCGACGGCAAACGACGCUCUGGUCCCAAGACGAGAGCCAUCGGUGGCCCUUCCAAAACACCCAUACUCGAUCAGUCUGCGAUAGACCAGCUUGAGGCCGCUUCUCAUGAUGGCACCCUCGAUGUUGAGACUGCCGCCAUGCUCGUUGCCGAUUUCCAGCAUAAGGCCGCGGCGGGAGCGCGUUCUGCUGGGAGUCACUACGAAGGCAGCCCGUCGAUGCCUUACUCGCCCCAUGCUAUGGAGCCCACAGUCACGUACCCUAAUGGCGCAAUCCCCGUACCCCAGUGGGAAAGCUUCAUGUCUCAGUCAUCGGAGCCCAAAGCACACUCCAUUGCAUCCUCGGCAUCUGGCUCCUUUGAGUCUCAGCAGUCCUUUAACAGUGGAAGCACCCUGCAACCCCUCCACAACGUUCAACUGCCGCCAAUCAAUGGCCAGACGUGCAACGGCCUCGUUCCUGCCCUCCAGUCUAUGAUCAAUUCGCUGCCCAACUCAGCGGCUGGGACCCCUGUGCCACAGAGCCCGUUCGUCAACGAGGCAGCGUUGUCUUCAGCAGGCUUCCGCGCUCCUCAGGUUGCCAGCGACGAUGAGCGUAACCAGAUUCUUGACAAUAUUCGGGCUAACGACACUGAGCAUGCUAUUCCGGAGGGCUUUCGUUUGCCUAAUUUGACCACGUUGAACCGCUUUCUGUCGACAUACUUUGGACUGUUUCAUCACCACUUGCCGUUCUUGCACCCUGCCUCCUUUGAUUCAAACAAGGUCUCUCCGGCCUUGUUACUCGCGGUGCUUAGUAUUGGAGCGCUUUAUGCCUUUGACCAAGAUCAAGCCUACAUGCUCCACAUUGGGUCCAAGGUGCUCGUGAACCAGUUCCUCCUAAACAAGGAGAACUUUAGCUCUCGCAAGUGUCCCGUAUGGACCAUGCAAGCCUCUCUUCUCAACAUGAUCUUUGCCAGCUGGAGUGGUGAUCCCAAGGGACUAGAGUGGACUUGCUCCAUCAAGAGUUUGCUUGCCAACAUGGUCGCUGGAAACAGAUACGAGCUCAAGCUUCGCCAGGAGGCUCGCGACGGAGCUCAGCCUAGUCGCAACGAGUGGAUCGAGGAUGAGGGAUGUCGCCGCACGUACUAUGCCGUCUACAUUUUCUUCGGACUCCUCACCCUGACAUACAAUCACACGCCUGCAAUCAGCUUCAACGAGUUCGAAGACCUGCAGCUACCCUCGAGUGAAGCGCUCUGGAAUCUCAAUGUUAUGGAUGAAACCGCUUGGCAUGAGCACUUGAAGGCAUCACCCAUGGUCACCUUUAUGGAAGCGCAUGACAACCUGUUCCAGGGAGAGACACUCAGGUACAGCGCGUUUGCGUCGCGGGUUAUGAUCAACGCGUUGUUCCUUGAAGUAUGGUACCACAAGCGCAGCCCCGAGGCCCUUCAAGAUGUUGUAACCGAGUACAAGCUCAGACUUGCACUAGAGACGUGGGAGAAAUCUCUCGAACUCUGCGAGCCCGAGAAUGUUACUGUCCCACUGAGUGCUCCUCACAAAGGCCAUCCCCUCAUCUUCAACGCGAAGGCGCUGUAUCGAAAUGCACGAGUCCGUUUGGAGGUUGACUUGAAAUCUGUGCAAGAGGCAUUGCGCUAUCACGACUCGUACGAGGUCGCGGCUGCCAUGACCCAUGCGCGGGACCGCGUUAAGCGUUCCAGUGAGAUGAUUAAGGUCAUUCAAGAAUGCUACAACUGCAUCGAGAUCGCUGUAGUUCAGGGCGUUCGCUGGGUUGCGCGCACCUCACCAACAAAUUGGAGCGUUGAGCAUGCCUUGUGCGGACUUGAUUUGAUGAUUAUCCUCUCGCUGUGGCUCUACCGUCUGGAACAUGACGAGGAGCAGGCGACUGAGGAAGAGCUCGUCAUGUACAACAAGGUUCGGCAACUCUUCGAAAAGGACAUUGAUGAGGUAUACGCUUCCCAAAUCAGCUCUGUUGUUGCCCGCCUAUGGGGCAGCAUGUUGGACGAAGUCGUAGUUUGGGGAAUCACCCGACUGAUGGGCGAGUCCUUUCGACUCCACGCGCAAGCGCUCGUCGGCUAUGUCGACGACAUGGAAGCGUCCUCGAGCGUCUCGACCCCCUCGAUGACAUCUCAGGGGGCGGACGAGGACAGUGUGUAUUAG